GCCAUUUUGGCUCAAGACCGAGCACAGACGUCGGGCGCCAACGUCCGGGGCGAGCACACGCCCGGCGAGAGCAGUUAGGUUCACCGCGCCGGCCACAGAAUGGGGUGCGGCGCAUCAGCCCAAGAGAAGCCGAACCAGAAGAAACCCGAUGAGGUGGCCACUCCACCUCCGACGCCGGCGGCCGCGGAGAAGAGCGAGGAGAAGAACGUCGUCGAAGCGGUGGGAGGCUCCGAGCCGGCGGCUGAGGAACCGAAGCCCGCUGAGGCGGCCCCUGCGGAGCCCGCUGUGACGCCCGUGGAGCAGGAGGUGGUGAAGUGCAGCAUGCGAGGCAGGCGCAAGCCACCGCAGCAGAAGGCCGGGCGGCGGCCCCAGGCUAAGCGUAUGGUCAAUUUCGGCGACCACGACGCUGGAAAGUGGGUGUUAACCAGCACUGAGUACGACGGCUCCUACGGCAUUAUCGGUGGGACACCCGUCGUUCAAGAGAAGACGGGCCCGAUCCAGGAGGGUCUGGACCUGCUCAAGCAGGAGCCUCACAAGUACCUCUCGCUGUGGUACCAGACUGACAUGAUGUCGUGGCCCACGGAGCAGCAGCAGUAUUCGCUGUGCGAGCGGAGGAAGCAAAGGAUUGUCGUUAAGGAAACGAAAGGAGGGCCGUUCACUUACGUCGAGAGCAAGUACCACGCCCUGCCUGAUUGCGAGGUGCAGCCCGACCAAUUUACGGACAGCAUGGCGUACGCGGGCGCUCCGUGCACACAGGGCAAGCAACCCGGCCGAGGGCAAGGCUGCGCAGAUGUGCCGGGCUUGAGCGUCAUCAAGGACGUGGACCCAAACGACGUGUUGCAGGGCAGCGUAGGCGAUUGUUGGCUGCUCUCCGCCAUGUCUGCCUUGGCCGAGUUUUCGGGUGCAGUCAAGAAGGUGUUCAACAAAACUCCGGGAAUCGAGUCCUUACCAGGCCCCGGUGAGAACAAGUACGUGGUAACGUUGUAUGACCUGAAGACCUGGAAGCCGGUCGACAUCGAGAUCGACGAGCGGCUCCCUGGGAACCCCAACGGCAGCGGCCUGCUGGGCUGCAGCCCGAGCGCGUCUGGGGACCUGUGGGCACCGUACAUCGAGAAGGCGUGCGCCAUUCACUGCGGAGGGUGGGACAAGAUCAACGGCGGCCAGUGCACGCACGCUUGGCGCAUGCUCACGGGCUGCAAGGAGCAAUACACCUUCAUGCCUGACGCCAGCGGAAUGUACGGCUGCUUCGGGGCCAUGAACCCCAACACGAACGAGUGGGAGGAGCUCGCCAAUUCGCCCCACGACGGGUUCCGCGGCCUGUGGCCCAACCCGUGGCCUGCAGUGGGCGGCGGCGGUGGCUUGCAGCACAAGGUCGACCGAGACGAGAUGUUCGAGCGCAUGUGCGCGUUCGACGACGAGAACUUCAUCAUGGGCGCGGGCACCAAGUCCGGCUCGGACACGCAGGACACCGACGGCAUCGUGGACGGCCACGCUUACACGAUCAUCGACUGCGUCAACAACGCGGGGGGCACGGAGUUCGAUCUGAUCAAGGUGCGCAAUCCGUGGGGCUCCGGCGAGUUCAAGUCCGGCAUGUGGGACGACGAUGGCCCUGGCUGGACGCAGUACCCGCAAGUCAAGGAGGCCCUGAAUCCUGUGGCGGCCGACGACGGUGUGUUCUGGGUUGACAAGGAGGAGUUCUUCAAAUACUUCAAGACCAUCUACGUGUGCGCGAAGAACAUGACCGAAUUCAUCGAAGCUCCUCAGUAAGACGUGUCGUAGGUUGGCCGUUUUCGCGAUGUACAUUCGGUGGAUUCAAAUUUUCUUGGAGGUAGUAUACAAUGCUGGCCGUGCCGUUUCGCACGGGUGCUAGAGAAUAGGCGAGGAGAGUUGCGAAGCGGUGUUUUCCGGCGCUUCGUUUCUUUAUUUAUUCGCCAGUCUCGUACGCUGGCAGCGGCCAGGCCGCCCUUGCAGCGAGAAAUACCCGCUGCAUCUGUGGGCGGCUUGUCCCAAGAAAGGUUCAAUUGGUUUUAUUUCCUUCGGCACGACUUAGGGUUCCGGACAAGCGCAGCGGCGUCAUUGCCGUCACGUGUUGCUGUCUUUGCUAUUUGUCUACUGUUUGUGGAUGCCAUGCCACGAUCCGGGAAGCAAUUCCUUGCACGCCGCUGCGCUCGGCUGCCAGGCUGGAGAUGUUCAAGCACAGCCAGCAGCGCACGCGUCACUGUCGCGCCCGCGCCAUGGUCCGCAUAAUCGUGUGGACGAGUGGGGCUCCUCCUCCUCACG